CCAAUGCAUUCUGGUCCCUGUGCAGAAGUAACUGUUCGGUGCGUACCGGAAUUUGAGGUGUCCAUCCAGCCUCACUCGGUUUUCUUUCACUGACAAUCGAAAAGGUUGAAAGAGCGCAAAAUGUCUCAGGCGGAAAAAUUGAAACAGGGUCAGUUUACCAAUCCAGAGACCCCGGGGUAUGUUGGCUUUGCCAACCUGCCCAACCAGGUGCACCGCAAGUCGGUCAAAAAGGGCUUUGAGUUCACCCUCAUGGUAGUUGGUGAGUCUGGUCUGGGGAAGUCCACCCUCAUCAACAGCUUGUUCCUCACUGAUCUCUACCCAGAGAGAAUCAUCCCCGGAGCAGCAGAGAAGAUUGAGCGCACGGUUCAGAUCGAAGCAUCUACGGUUGAGAUCGAGGAGCGAGGGGUGAAGCUCCGCCUCACUGUGGUGGACACGCCCGGAUACGGUGACGCCAUCAACAGCCAGGACUGUUUCAGCACCAUCAUCGCCUACAUCGACGACCAGUUUGAGAGAUACCUCCACGACGAGAGUGGUCUGAACCGCCGGCACAUCGUGGACAACCGCGUUCACUGCUGCUUCUAUUUCAUCUCCCCGCUGGGCCAUGGGCUGAAGCCUCUGGAUGUGCAGUUCAUGAAGGCCAUCCACAACAAAGUCAACGUGGUCCCUGUCAUCGCUAAGGCCGACACACUCACCCUGCGAGAGAGGGAGAGGCUCAAGCGCAGGAUCCUGGAUGAGAUUGAUGAGCAUAGUAUCAAGAUCUAUCACCUCCCUGACGCAGAGUCUGACGAGGACGAAGAAUUCAAGGAGCAGACCAGGACUCUCAAAGCCAGUAUUCCUUUUGCGGUGGUGGGCUCCAACCAGCAGAUCGAGGCCAAGGGGAAGAAGGUGCGGGGUCGCCUGUACCCCUGGGGCGUGGUGGAAGUGGAAAACCCCGAGCACAACGACUUCCUCAAGCUGCGCACCAUGCUGAUCACCCACAUGCAGGAUCUGCAGGAGGUGACCCAGGACCUGCACUACGAGAACUUCCGCUCGGAGCGCCUUAAACGGGGCGGAAGGCAGGGGCAGGGCCAGGGGCCUGAGCCGGAGGAAAUGGACAAGGACAUGAUCCUGCAGGAGAAGGAGGCUGAGCUGAGGAGGAUGCAGGAGAUGAUUACCAAGAUGCAGGCUCAGAUGCAAAUCAAGCCUGACGGCGCGGGAGAUGUCCAGCAUGUGUGAAAUACACCACGGUUUUCAAGCUGUUAUUUGAGCUUGACCAGACAUGGAUGGAAGGAUUGCAGAAGAGAAGGGUGUGAAAAUGAAAGAUAACUGGUCCUUGUCUCGUACUGCUUGCCACUUUUUAGUUUAUUUCGUUCCUACUUGGAAUUAUUUUGAGUUUUUUUCUUUUGUUUUUCUUAAUUUUUAUAUAAGCAGUAUUAUGUUUUAUAAUUACACUUUCUUUAAUAUUCCAUAUUGCUCAUUAUUAAUUUGUUCCAUAAUAUUGAACCAUGCCAGUUAGUCACCAAAUGGAGAAUAACCCUCCUUUAACCUGGAGUAUGCUCUUAUUCUAGUCGCUAUUGUUACUUUUUUUUUUUUUUCUGUUGAAAGCCGGAAGCUGCUGCUCUUCAAGGCUGUCCACUUGGCCCCAUCUAAAACCACUCACAAAAUGAUCAAUCAUGUUGCCAACUGUGGCUCCAAGUUACAAGUGGAAAGCACAACUUAGUUAGCAACUCUCUUCUGUCUUUCAUGGAGCCAUACAGCUAAAAUGUUUUUUUUUCUUUAAUGGUUGUCAUGCCAAAGUUGGCGAAUUCUUUAAAGAUCUAGUCUUUCGAAAAGCAGCUAAAUUAUUUUCUUAAUCCAUGGAUUCAUUGACAGGGUUCUUUCUCCCACUCCCCUGCAUGCAACACUUAACCCUGUCUCAUGUUGUGUUGAAAUGACUGGUUAUGACUGAAAUGCAUGACACUGUGACCUUCCCAGUCAUCCUGUAGCCCUGAACCAAUGAAGGAGACAUACCUUGGUGUUUUUUACAGUAUGUGCCUCUAUAAAUCCUGGGCCUGUAAAGUGUGAGUAGGAGUGCAGAUCUAGAAUCUGUCUAGUCUUUUAGAUCGUUAUGAAUAUGGUUAUAUAGACUGGCGGACCUACCUCACAAAGAAAAGUUUGCGGUUUUGUAACUGCAGUCGACCGUGGUAUUUUGGACACAGUAAUUGCAGAAUAACUAACAUUACUGCAGUAAGAAAGUGUUAUUUUGGAUGCAGCAUACCUCAGUUAUACUGCAAUCUUUUUUCAUAAGGGCUGAUCCUAGAUCAGCACUCCUGCUCCGAGACACUCAGAAUAUGGGCCCAGGCUCCCUAUGCCCCCAGGUUUUAACAUAUUGUAAAGUGAUUUGACAUUUGAAGCGAAAGUCCUGGCGAACUGAAAGUAAAUUGAAUUACUGUGAUGUUCGGACCAGGCUCAUGCAUUGCAGGUGACAUUGCUUUUCUUCGUGUGUGUCCCCUGUGAUAUUGAUGAUUGUGGAAUAAAGUGCAUCCAGUCUGUGUGGUCAUGCUGUAAAGGCACACUGUACUUCGUGUUAUAUGAUAUCUAUCCAUAUCCUUUAUGGCUGUGUGUCAAUGGGUUAAGACUGAUAUUUGGAUGUUGGACAGGACCAGUUUGUUGCUAUGGCCAUCGUCAUGGCGAUCUGGUUUGUUUGUCACCAGCUUUGCCAAUAUCUCCCUCAAGCCAAGCCACUGUUCUUAACAUUCCAGUUUAUGCUGUUUUUAUCUAAUAACUGUCAAAUAAAACCCUUGAUGUAUACCA